GCUUUGUCACUUCACGACUGUUGAAGUCACAUUAUGAAAUCGAAAAUCGAAGUUUAUCAAUGCAUGCGAUGAUAACAGCUUCAGAGAGCAAUCCAAGUGAUGUUGAACGCGGAAACGGUUACUGACGACGAUCUGGAGCUGGAGCUUUAGCGGCGGCGUAGAGCUCGGUUCCCGCUAGGGAGCACCGGUCCCUCCGCCCAAAGAGCUGUGGAUAUUUGGACCAGAUACGUUAACCCAUCAGACCCAGCUGUGUCUGCUCUAUCAGCGCUUUUGCGCUUCCUUCUCUUGGCGCGGAUAGCUCAAAGCUCUCGGAAGACGGGUCGAUGCGCUUGUUCUGAGCAACAGUCGUCAUGUCGAAUCCCACCGCCGAAUGGGAUAAAGUAGGCGACCGCUUCUACCGCAAGGUCCAGCUGUAUACGGCCGUUUUCGAUCAGGAUUUUGAACUUGAAAACUAUAUCCUGCGAGCUGCACCCUAUGGCGGGGCUAUAGCUCUGUAUCGUGACGAGGACAAACUCCAUGCAUAUCGAGGCACCCAGGCCGCCAAAUCGAGCAUAGAUAUCUAUAGCUGCGCCGGGAAAUUGAUUCGACGGGUUAACUGGGACAAAGGUUCCGUCAAAGGACUGGGUUGGUCCGAGGAUGAGAAACUGCUGGUCAUAACUCAAGAUGGGACUGUGCGCUGUUACUAUGACUUGCAGGGCGACUUUACUCAAUUUUCACUCGGAAGCGGGGCUGAAGAUAUCGGUGUGAAGGAAUGCCGCUUCUGGUCCACUGGUUUUGUUGCUCUCCUGAACAAUAACCAUUUGAUCGCCGUGUCGAAUUAUGAUGAGCCGCGCCCGAAGUUAUUAGCAUCACCACCAGAGUCGACGGUACAUUCUUGGACGAUUAUUCCCCCGGCAUAUAGCUUGUCGCGCUCUGUCGAGGUUCUCCUUGCCAUCGACCAGACCAUCUACGUUGUUGAUGCCACUGAGUCCGAGGAUCGCAUGCUUCAGAAUGGACCUUUCCAUCAUAUCAGUGUCUCUCCCAAUGGGAAAUUUGCAGCACUAUAUACAGAGGAUUCAAAGCUGUGGGUUAUCAGCAGUGACUUCCAGAACAAGCUCAGCGAGUAUGACUCCCGGGUCAAAACAAUCCCCAAUGACGUCCAAUGGUGUGGGAACAAUUCCGUGAUUCUGGCUUGGGAGGAUGAAAUACAUAUGGUUGGGCCUAGUGGCGCUUCUACGAAGUACUUUUACGAUGGACGUGUUCACGUACUGCCCGACGUUGAUGGUGUCCGCCUUAUCACUAAUGACCUCUGCGAGUUCCUUCAAAAAGUACCAGACGUAACAGAAGAUGUCUUUAAGCUCGGAUCUUCUUCUCCGGCCUCAGUGCUACUGGAUGCUGUAGACCAACUGGAUAAGAAAUCGCCCAAAGCAGACGACAAUAUUCAGCUCAUCCGGCCAAACCUCGUUGAAGCUGUCGAUACUUGUGUCAAAGCGGCUGGGCAUGAAUUCAGCAUUCACUGGCAGAAGCAGCUAUUAAAGGCAGCGUCAUUUGGCAAAUCCGUCAUUGAUCUUUAUAACAGCGAUGAGUUUGUUGACAUGUGCGAGGUCUUGCGGAUUCUUAACGCCGUUCGAUUUUAUGAGAUUGGUUUGCCCAUUUCUUACGAGCAAUUCGUCCGUUUGUCACCAGAGAAGCUGGUGCAACGGCUUAUCAAUCGACAUGAAUAUCUUCUGGCACUUCGUGUUUCAGAAUAUCUGCGGCUCCCAACUGAUAGGGUUUAUGUACAUUGGGCCAGCCAGAAGGUUCGGGUUUCGACAGAAGAUGAAGAGAGCGUUUGUCGUCUCAUCGUCCAGAAAUUGGAGGGCAAGCGCGGGAUUUCCUUUGAAGAAAUUGCCCGUGCGGCAUAUGAUGAAGGACGAGGUAGGCUAGCCACAGAGUUGCUAAACUACGAACCUCGCGCGGGCAAGCAAGUCCCGCUGCUCCUGAACAUGGAAGAGGACGAAAUCGCACUAGACAAAGCGAUCGAGAGCGGAGACACCGAUUUGGUGUUCUUCGUCCUUCUUCACCUAAAGAAGAAGUUAUCCCUAUCAAGCUUCUUUCGCGUGAUCAAUAAUCGGCCAGUGGCUACUGCGCUUGUGGAGUCGUCUGCUCGUGCUCAGGAUUGGGAGUUACUUAAAGAUUUGUAUUAUCAGGAUGAUCGCAGAUUAGAUGGCUCGGACUUGCUCAUCUCUGAGGCUUUGAAAGUAGAAGACAUGAACUCUCGGUUUGAUAAGCUGAAGAUGGCGCAGAAGCUCCUUCAGGACUCCAAGGAACACACUUUUCAGAUCAAAGCCAUGGACGAGGCGCAGCGCCUGCUCAAAAUGCAGGACGCUUUUGACAAAGACGUGGAAUCGGACCUCACAGGUCUUUCUGUCAACGAGACCAUCUUCCAGCUCACCAAGCUUGGGCACAUGAAGAGGGCGCAAAAGGUUCAGUCGGAAUUUAAGGUUCCAGACAAGACAUUUUGGUGGCUUAGACUGCGGGCUUUAGUAGCCAAACGCGACUGGACGGAACUUGAGGAGUCAGCCAAGGUUAAAAAAUCUCCAAUUGGGUGGGAGCCCUUCUUCAACGAAAUUUUGGGAGCUGGAAAUACCAAGCUCGCAUCUCAAUUCAUACCGAAAUGUACGACCCAGACACCAGCGGACCGUGUAGAAAUGUGGAUGAAGUGUGGCUUGAUGGUCAAAGCCGGCGAAGAAGCUUUGAAAGCUAAAGACGUCGAAGCACUAGAAAACAUCAAAUCCAAAGCCACAGGGAGCGCAGCAAACGAAAUAGACCGGAUGAUCUCACAGUUGACCCGUUCGAGAUGAUGAAACUUAGAGCAUCUUUCUAAUUGAGUAUUUAUGAUAUCCAUUGACAAUGAAGACAGCCUAGCGCCUUGCAUCAAAUUAAUUAUCAUCGUUUAAAAUUAAACCCGACGCUUUAUCACGCUAAUAC